GAGAGUCUUGGACCAACGGGGAUAAUUUCAGAGGAGAGGGCUUGGAUAGAGACGUGGAACAAUUUCUUCCCUUAGAGAGUAGUGAAUCUAUGGAAUUGUUUAUUGUAGAAGUUGGGCUGUUAAAUAUAUUUAAGACUGAGGUUGACAGAUUUUUAAUCUGCAAGGAAAUCAAAGAUUGUGGGGGAAAAGCAGAAAGGUGGUUUUGAGGAUUAUCAAAUAUCAUUUCAAUGAAUGGCACAGCACACGCAGCGGGAUGCGUGCUUACUUCAGCUCCUCUAUGUUAUGGUCUCAUGGGCUUGCAAGGUUCUGAGGUUUGGAAUUACCCCUCUCCAAACUCUACCGCCUUUCUUUCGUCUUUCAACCCAUUCCUUAAUCUCUUUUGUCAAGUUAUUGGCCGUCUGACCUAAUGUUUCCCCGCCGGGUGCACUACUAAAUAUUUGAUAUUCUUGAGAAACGCUGUGAGAUGUUAAUGCCACAUAAAAACAAUUUGUUGUUUAAAAGUUCUUGAGGGAAAAGAGAUCACGCGCAAAAACACACCAAUGAUUGGGGACUGCAGUUUACUCCAGUGCUGUAAGAUUCAAUGACUAGAUUGCCCACCGGUUGCUAUUUGCAGAGCUUUACCGAGAGGGGACUGUUGUAAUGGUACAUGUAAGGGUGGGUGGGGCUGAAGUAGCGGAAAUGAGAGCUGGUGGGUGAUUUCCGUUUCCGAGACUGUUGGAAGUUUGACAGGGCUGCUUUUGGGAGAUGGAUGAAAUGGAACCAUUCACUGAGGACACUGGGAAUCACUUGGAAUGUGAGGACUACAUGUUUGUCGAAUCAGAACAUUCUGGCAAAGUUCUGGAAGGGCUCAACAGCCUGAGACUUAACAAUGCUUUCUGUGAUGUCAUUCUGUGUUGCGAUGGUCAGGAAUUCCCAUGUCAUCGCAUUGUGCUUGCCUCCUUCAGUUCCUACUUUAGGGCCAUGUUUUCCACAGAUCUGGUCGAGUCUCGGCAGGAGCGGGUGGCGAUAAAUGGUGUCGAGCCGCAGAUGGUGGGAUUGCUGGUGGUCUAUGCCUACACAGCCCGUGUGCUCAUUACGAGAGCCAACGUCCAGGCCCUGCUAGCAGCCGCCAACCUUUUAGACAUUAUGUCAGUGCGGGAAGCUUGCAGCAAAUUCAUGGAGCGGCAAAUGGAUGAAACAAACUGUGUGGGCAUCCACUGCUUCGCUGAGGCCCACUCCUGUGUAGAGCUGCAGACCAAGAGUAUGAACUACAUCUUGCAGCAUUUCACUGUGGUUCACAAGCAGGAAGAGUUCCUCUCCCUCUCAACAGAGAAUCUCAUUGAAAUCAUCUCCAGCGAUGACCUGCAUGUCCCCUCUGAGGAAAUGGUCUUUGAGGCAGUUAUGCUCUGGUUGGAAAGGGAUCAUUCAAGAAAACAGAAUUUUGAGAAGAUUUUAGAGCACAUUCGCCUGCCUUUAAUUAGUCCUUAUUACAUCCAUGACACCGUAGAGUCGUUGAAAGUCAUCCAGGAGUCUCUUCCUUGUCAGCGGUUGAUUUCUGAAGCAAAGGACUACCUCUUGUUGCAGGACAGACGUGGGGAACUUCAAAGCUCUCGGACCCGCCCUCGCAGAUCAACAGGUACAACGGAGGUGAUAAUAGCGGUUGGAGGGGAAGAUGAUAAAGUGGUUCUUCGCAGUGUGGAGAGCUUUGAUCCCAUUGGCCGUCAUUGGAAGUGCCUUGCCUAUUUGCCCUUUGCUGUUAGUAAGCAUGGACUUGUUGCAUCAGGUUCUACCCUUUACUUGGCCGGAGGGGAGUUUCCUGAUGGUUCUGCGAGCAAGGAAAUGUGGCGCUAUGACCCAUGUUUCGAUAUGUGGCAUGAGAUGGCAGCAAUGAACGUGGCACGUUCUGAGUUAGGCCUUGCUAUGUUGGAUGGCUUUGUUUUUGCUGUGGGAGGUUGGGAAGGAUCAUCGAGGCUGGAUUCCGUGGAAUGUUACAAUCCUCACACAAACACCUGGCACUUCCUGGAAUCCAUGAAGAUGGCAGUGACCAGUCCAGCUGUGGUGGCACUCCAUGGGCUCUUGUAUGUAGCAGGGGGCGCUGUCUUGGAAGAUGGUGACGGGAUGGAUCUGGUUCAGGUGUACAAUCCCAAAAUUGACUCCUGGUUUGAGGUGGCUCCAAUGCAGAUUCCGCGUUCUGGUUCUGCUGCCUGUGUCCUCCAAGGAAAGAUUUAUGUCAUUGGUGGCUGGCAUGCCUCAACAGAGAACACUGACAAAGUGGAGCAGUAUGACCCCAAGACUAAUACGUGGAAGAUGUGUGCCCCCAUGAACGAGAGACGCUAUCGACCAGGGGUGGCUGUGAUUGAUAGUAAAAUCUAUGUGCUAGGAGGAGAGGAAGGUUGGGAUCGAUACCAUGACACCAUUGAGCAAUACAGUGAAGAAACUGGCAAAUGGGAAAUCUUUGGAGAAAUGCUCACAAGUCGCAGUUGGUUAAGCUGUGUCUCGGUGAAGAUGCAUAGCCCAGCCACACAGAUCAAAAACAUUGUAUGAACUGAUGUGAACAUUUUCGAUCUUGUGCACUCUGCAUUAUGUGCCAUUGUCACCUGCAAUUUUCCAGGUUAAGAAUGUGUGAAAUAUUCUUAGGGACUCCUGAUUCCACUGGUGCAAACUUAGAGAAACAUGUUGAGACUAAUUUUUAACAUUGUAGCCCAGGUAGUAUCCUGAUGGAGAGAGAUACAAUUCCUUUAGGAAACCUGUUGAGAUUUUGUUACAACCAUGUCAAUGGGGUGAGGACAAUGGGAGCUAGUCUGUUUCUCCAAAUUGCUGUCCAUGUGGUAAGUGGAAUGUUCCUCCUGAUAACCAAAUCAACCUCUGAAAUAAUCCUUUAAUUUUGACUGUCUUGAAGAGCUAACAACAGCUUCGUGGCAGUGGUGCUAACUCUCUUGUUUUUAAAGUCUGACUCUGCAAACAAUUUUUUUUUAAAAAGCAAAUUAUUCAUUUUGGUGCAAGAGCUGAUCCAGAAUAGGAGCAUUUGUUCCAAUUGUUUAUUUUUCACACAUCUCAGGUAAUGGUAUCUGUCCCUGCUGAUUACUCUGUAUUGA